AUGGCCAGCCCUCCUUUUCUACCUCCAAAAGCCUCUUCCCGAGGGACUUUGCUCCGCACAUGCCGCUGUCCCCCGCGCAGCAGGAGCCCCCUGCGGGUGACGAUUCCCCCCUCGGACGGGUGGCCCCGUGCCCGCAGGGGCCCUCGGGCCGCCAGGAGGGCCCGGAGCCGGGAGCGCGGGGCCGCGCUGCGCCUGGCCCGGCUGCGGCACCGGCACGGCCCGGGGACAGAGCCAGAGCCAGAGCCAGAGCCAGAGCCAGAGCCACGCGCGGACGGGAACGGGGCCGUGGCCGGCAUCCUGCACGAGUUCUCCGAGUUCCAGAGGGUGCUGCUGGCUGGGGCCCGGGCCGGGAGCGCCGCCCCGGGGCAGGGGGAGGCCGCGGGCAGCCGGGCGGGGCUGGCCCGGCCCCGCGGGACGGCGGCGUUCCAGGGAAUGGUGGCGGAGCUGCGCGGGGCCCUGCGCUGCCACCUGCGCCGCGUGGCCGCCUGCCGGCAGCCGGGAAUGUUCUACCUGCUGGAGACCGGGCAGCAGCCCUUCUUCGACAGGGUGAAGGCCCUGCUGACGGCAGAGGGGUUUGUGAGGAUGGAGCCCCUGAGCUUCUGCCGAGCCCAGCGCGGGGACAGCGAGCGGCUGCUGGUCAUCAUCAGGAACGAGGACAUCGCCUCCCACAUCCACACCGUGCCGUGCCUGCUGGAGCUGAAGCGCUGUCCCAGCGUGGUGUUUGCCGGCGUGGAUGAGCCCGAGGAGGUGACGGGUGACACAUUCCAGGAGCUCUUCCAGGCCGGAGGGUUCGUGGUGUCUGACGAGGAGCUGCUGGAAAGGGUGACCCUGGGCCAGCUGAAGGAGGUGGUGAAGGUGCUGGAGAAGCUGAACGGGAGCGGGAGGUGGAAGUGGCUCCUGCACCACAGGGAGAGCAAGAAGCUCAGAGGAGACCUCAGGGCCGAUGGCAGCGCCCAGAGGAAGCAGCUGCUGCUGAGGUGGUGCCAGGGGGCAGAGCUGCUGGAGCUGCUGCCCUUCCACGGCUGCGACUCCGCGGCCGAGCCCCCGCGCGCCCAGUGCCUGCUGGGGCUGCAGGCGCAGCACGUCCGCGCCAGGUUCGCCGUGUACCUCACAGAAAAUCCCAGCAGCAGCUGCAGGGAGAUGCUGGAAAGCAAAGGAAUUCUUGUGGCUGACAUCGCCACCUUCCUCGGGACGGUGCAGAAAGUGGCUGCUCCCUUCAGAAGAAGCUACUGGUGACAAAGUGAAGCCACCAGGACACGGCUCCUCCCCAGGCCCUGUGGCACCAGUUUGGGCACCCCGGUCCUGUGGGGGACAUCCCCAGCACCCAACCCAGUGGAUCCCCACCGUCCCAAUGGAUCCCAACCAUCCCAGCCAAUCCCAGUGCAUCCCAGUGAUUCCACUGGAUCCCCACCACCCAACCCAAUGGAUCCCAGCCAUCCCAGCCAAUCCCAGUGCAUCCCAAUGAUUCCACUGGAUCCCCACCAUCCAACCCAUCAAUCCCAGUGAUCCCAGUGGAUCCCCAUCAUCUAUCCCAGUCAAUCCCAUCAAUCCCAGUGGAUCCCCAUGAUCCCAGUGGAUCCCC